UUAUUUAUUAAUUAUGGUACCAUUCCUUUAUUUAUCGAUUGCUUCAUGUAUCGAAAGUGAACACGAUUAAUAGUUUAAUGCCGACUACAUAUGUCCUACAGUUAAAUAUUAAAAUUAAAUCUCUUUUAUAUCAAGAAGUUAACAGUUCGCAAUUUUUAUGAAUUAAAGUAUAUUCAAUCAUGGGAAACAACAAGGGCAAUCGAAAAUCUUUGACACAACGUCACGUUUGCUCCAGAAUGAAUUUCUUGUACCAGGCGUCCACUUUAAUGGCACACAGCAACAACAACACCCUGGCCGCUUACUAUGGAAAGCUUUGUCGCAACGUGGGCACCAAAGCGCUUGUUAAGAUAUCACCGGCUCUGAAACGCACGCUAUGCAACCGGUGCUCUUUGCCGUUGCUACCGGGUGUCAACACCACAUUGAAAGUGGAGGAGCAACAGCAGCAAAUUUCCAUGGAAGUAGAGAAGCCAACUAGCACUGCCAGCAAACGACGCCAUCGUCGACUGCGCGGCAAGCGCAACAAGUUUCACAAAGAUGCGAGCAAAGUGGAUCGAGCAGAAGCUGCAUCCACUAUUAAUAUAGAUGAACAGACCAAUUUGUACUUGGAGUGUAGUUUGUGCGGCGCCAAACGUCGCUUUCACGUUGACACGCACAAUGAGUGCUGGGUGGAACGUACGGAGGCGAUUGUCCAAGUGCUACAAACAAGCAAUCAAGCAAACAUAGAUGACAAUAAAGGAGAGAACGAAAUGGUACAAGAGUAGUGAUAAGCAGAGCGC